AUGCCUUCCUUCCACUCAGUUCUACGCGUCUUUUCGGCGGCGGCUCUUGUCCAAGCUGUUGCUGCCAGUUCAGUCUUUGAAUCUUUGGUCCAGACUCCUCGCGGAUGGACAUUCGUUCGUUCUGCUGAUUCAGAUGAGACUGUCAAACUUCGAGUUUCUCUCAAGCAACAGAAUGUCGAAUCACUCUACCAAAAGGUCAUGGAGGUCUCAACCCCAGACCAUGAGCAGUACGGAAAGCAUUAUGAAGGUCACGAACUCCGAAGCCUCCUCGCGCCAACCCAGCAAACCUCAGAUACUGCAAUUGCAUGGCUACAAGACAACAACAUCACUGCUGUGAAGGAUGAUAGCGACUAUGUUCUCUUCACUACCAGUGUUGAGCUUGCAAAUAAGCUCCUUGACACCGAAUUCUCUUGGUACACCAACGAGGACAAGCAAGAAGUCCUACGAACCCUUCACUACUCAGUUCCUGCCUCGGUUGCAAGCCACAUCAACUUCAUUCAGCCAACCACAAGAUUUGGAAAUCUCAACCCAUUAGGUUCAACUGCUCAAAAAAUCGACACUGGUGCUCAGUUCGAUGGUCACACUAAAUGGUGGGGAUCGCCUAUCUCCACUCCUGUCAACAUCACUUGCAACUUGACAAUCACCCCAGAGUGUCUGUUGGAUCUAUACAAUGUCCACUACAAGGGAGAUGCCAAGAACGGAAACACUGCUGGUUUUGCUUCUUUCUUGGAGGAGUAUGCUAGGUACAGUGACUUCCAGAAGUUUGAAACUACCUAUCUUCCAUACGCAGUUGGCACAAACUUUACAACCGUCAAGUUCAAUGGAGGACUCGAUGACCAAGCUAGUGCCGAAGACUCUGGAGAAGCCAACCUCGAUGCACAAUACGUCCUCGGUGUCGGUUUCCCAACCCCUAUCACUCAAUUCAGCACUGGAGGACGUGGUCUCCUGAUCCCAGACGGGGACUCUCCAACCCCAGCGGACAACACCAACGAGCCAUACCUCGACUUCCUCCUCGCCCUUACCAAGCUCCCAAACAAGCAAAUUCCUAACUCUAUCUCUAUCUCCUACGGAGAAAACGAGCAGGAAAUCCCAGUCUCCUACGCCGAACAAGUCUGCCAACUCUUCGCCCAACUAGGCGCUCGCGGAAAAUCCAUCAUCUUCUCCUCCGGCGACUCAGGAACCGGUGACUACUGUCUCUCCAACGACGGCAAGAACACCACCAAGUUCCAACCCCAAUUCCCAGCAGCCUGUCCCUACGUGACCUCCGUCGGCGGAACCCGCUACAUCUCCCCUGAACGCGCCGUCUUCUUCAGCUCCGGCGGCUUCUCCAACAUCUGGCCGCGUCCAUGGUACCAAGAACUCGCCGUACGCAAGUACUUCUCUACCAUCGGCGACAAGAACAAAGGAUACUACAAUGCCUCUGGUCGUGGAUUCCCUGAUGUGGCUGCCCAAGGUCAGAACUACCGUGUUUUCGAUAAAGGCACAAACAACGGAUACCGUGGAACUUCCUGCUCUGCACCAGCAUUCAACGGUAUUAUCGCCCUCCUGAACUCCGCUCGUGUCAGUGCCGGUCUUCCAACCUUGGGUUUCCUUAACCCAUGGCUCUACACCAUCGGUCAAUUCGGCCUCAACGACAUUACUACCGGUGAGGGAACCGGUUGCAACGGUCUUUCACGUUUCAACAUCAGUCCUAACGGCUCGCCUGUUAUUCCGGGUGCCAGUUGGCCUGCGGUUGCGGGCUGGGAUGCAGUUACUGGACUUGGUACGCCAGAUUUCGGGAAGUUGUUGAAGUUGAGCACUCCAUUCGCAAAGAAUGAGGGUGGGUAUAAUACCUCGUAG